AUGUCAUUAGAUCUCUCAUCUGACUGUGAGUGUCCUAAUUGUUGGGAGGGUCCUCAGAAUGAGUCUGAUUGGAACCCCUGUUCCAACGAGAGUGGUAAUGGCUCUUUACAUUCAAGAUCAAGGAAGAAAUCCAUGCUUUCUUCUAGCAUGCAGUGCUUUCCUUCUCAGUGUUGUCCCACCAAGACAGAGAGUGGUAACAAAGAUUCAGCAGUUCUUCCCUCAGACGAGGAAAGCUAUGUGGAGUCUUCUCAAAACGAUCAUCUAAUUUUGAGCCUUGAGGAUAUCAAAAGGAAAAUCAAGCCAUUGAGAGAGUGGACUAUCCAUGAGUUACUGAGGGAGUUUGGGGAUAGUGGGAAGUUCCAACCAGACUCCAUGUCCCUGAGCUACUUUAGAGAUCAGGUGGUUAUGAAGCCCAGAAGAGCUCUGUAUUAUUCUGGAAUUUGGGUGACGCAUAUUCGAGGCUAUAAACCUCAAAAGCACUUUACAGCUAAUUAUUUUAAAAGAAACCCUGGUUGCCUACACCUGCUGGUUCCCUGGCUGACACGGGAACUAACAGCUGUUUUUGGAGAUUAUGGCUACACAGUGAAGAACAUCCUAACGACCAUCCUCCAUCACAUGACAGAAUGUGACUUGGACAGUAGUGAGUCCUUCACUCACCUCCUGGAACCUUAUCUCUUACAACACACACACCAUUUCCUACAUGAGUUUAUUAGUUUUGUUCAUUCACCUUACAACAUGGAGACCUAUGACCAGUGAGCCAUCUAUCAAUGCUCUCCUGCUUCACCAUGUGUAAACAAGAAGCCCCUUGUAUCAGCUCCUGUUUCACCUCUGCCUAAGGAUCACACUCUACUGAUAUCUCAACAUAAUACAAAGCAGUCUAAAAAUACCCAGGGUCAAUGGAAUAAAGAGGAGAGGCCCGUGUCAGGCUUGAAACAGUUUCCAAAUGGUAACCCUUCCUUGAAGAAAUCUGAAAUCCCACCAGUCUGUGAUAAAACAGUAAGCAAAACCUGUGGUGGAAUCGACGACAAAGCAGAAUCAGGUGACCACAAAAGCAUCAUUUCUAUGAAUAAUAUACUCCAGAAGUGGGCUACUCCAAGGGAAAGGUGCCCAGGCUUACUGAAUUGCAAAAAAAAAGUUCAAGAGAAAAAGACAGAAGGGAUAAAGUUGUUUCCUGAUCAUGUCCACGAUCUGGGAAAGGGUGACACAACUGCACACACCUUCAGUAUCCCAGCAAUUUCUAAUCAGGUGCAACCACAGAAAUAUAGUUUAAGAGAAAGAAAGGGUUUGAGCCUUGGCCAGAAGAUAAACUUUCAGAAAAAAGAAGAAGAAAAUAACAAAUACUCAGAUUCUUCACCAAAGACCUUUCAAAGAUUGUCCAGAGAAAGAUCCUUGAAAAGUUGCAAAUCCAGAAGAGAGAGAGACCCAUCUUGGAGUUGCAUUUCAGAAAAUGCCUUUUCUCCUAAGAGAGAUGACAGGAAACUGAGUUCUUUCAGAAAAAAGAGGAUGAAGUGUAGACAACCCUCCCAAUUUGUAGAAAUUGGUUCACACUCCAGGAGAAGAAUCCAAAGACGAUCAAGGUCCAAUACUCACAGAUCCAAAUCCUGGUGUGUUGGAUCUAGAAAGAGAUUGGUAAGCAGAGAAUCAAGUAAUCUCUCUCUGAGAGGAAGUCACAGAAGUGAACACUUCACCCAGAAUAUAUGCUGUGAGCCCUCAAAAGAAAAGCAUGCCCAUGGCAAUGAAUCAGACUAUGGGAGGCCAUCUUCAACCACAGUCCAAUACAUGAAGCUUUCUUCAACUGCUGGGAAGAGAUGCAAGUGUCCUUCUAAAAGUGAAGGUGCUUCCCAAGCAGGAAGAUGCUGUAACAGUCCCACAUGCCUACAGCUCCGGAAACACAGAUCCCCAAGUAAACAGGAGAUAAAGCAAGAAACUACAUUUCCUAGAGCUGGAAAAACCAGAGCAGUUAGGCACAGAAAAACCAAAUGCCAUUAUUUAGACAUACACACCACAGAGGACGUCAGUGAUGAAUUGGGCAAUCUGGAUGAUAUAAGACAGAAGAGUGGUCUGAGUGUGCACCCUCCUGCAGGAGGCAAAUCCACCAAAAACAGCAUUUGA